CUUCUAGGUAGAUCUAUUACGGUAUGCUGGUAUGCAUUAUAUACGGUGUAAGCUUAUACGUUAUUUUAUCCGGCACUAUAUCCACUAACUGUAUGUUAAAUCGCACAAGCAAUCAGCUGAUCCAAUCAGUGCCAGCAUUGAGGAAUCCAGGGCUCUCCAAAAAUAUCAACUCUUUGGAUAGAUCCAUAUAUACCAAAUGUUAUUCCCUAAGCCAUUGUACGUUGUAUAAGUUGCCAAAGGCAGCCUUCUGUCUUGGUUGUGCUAGACAAAGAUGUGAUUCCAUCAAAAGGGCUCCAGUAAAUACCACAUUGACAAAUCCAUUCAAUAGUUCCUCUGGCAGAAUACGGUAUUUAACAAUGACGGGGCCAAGUUCAGACAAUAAUAGCAUGGAUAGCGACGGUUCAUAUCUAAUCGACGCAGCACUGUAUCGCAAUGGAGAUAACACUCCGGAAGACACUAAGUUACAAAUACGAAUAAGCAAACAGGAGAAGGUUUUGUUUGAUCUCUUGAAGGAGUGUGUGGAUUCCAAUAAUCUGAAUAUCGACCUCAGGGUAGCUGGAGGAUGGGUAAGGGACAAAUUGCUGAACCAAACUAGCAAGGACAUUGACAUUGCCUUGGAACACAUAACAGGUGUUGAUUUCUGCAACUAUCUGAACGCAUUCACGGAAAAAAGCUAUGGAUUCCACAAAACAGUUGGCGUAGUGAAGCGAAGGCCCGAGCAAUCGAAGCAUCUAGAAACAGCGACAAUAAACAUCAUGGGACUGAAUAUAGACUUUGUUAACCUGCGUAGCGAAGAUUACGCCCAAAAUAGCAGGAUACCUAUCAUGAAAAUAGGGACGCCAUUUGAAGAUGCUAUGCGCCGAGAUUUCACAAUAAACGCUUUGUUCUACAAUAUUUCGAAAAAUGCAAUUGAAGACUAUACUGGAAAGGGAAUUGACGAUCUUAAGGCAGAAGUUAUACGCACAUGCUCACCUGCAUUCGGUACAUUUUUGGAUGACCCGCUUCGAGUUAUAAGAGCUGCACGCUUCGCGGCCAGGCUGGGAUACGCCUUAGACAGUGAUAUAAUAAAGUCAGGGUCAGACCCGGAAGUGUUAGCACAGUUAUCCCAAAAGGUCGCCAAAGCAAGAAUAGCGCAGGAGCUUGAUGACAUGCUGAUCAAAGGUGAUACUACUCUGGCCUUUGAAAUCAUGAAAACAUUUGGUGUGCUCCCUAUACUUGUGCGUGAUAAUCCAGGUGAUGCGCCAUCUGACAGCCAAAUCGAUACCGGCUGUCAGACUAUGGCAUGGAUGAAGCAAUGUCUCGCUGAACUCAAAUGGGAUGAUGUUGACCGACGAAUACUCUACAUUGCGGCAUUCUGUGUACCACUCAAAGAUGAACCACAAGUUGAUAAGUGCAGUUACACGGAACACGUCAUCAAAUCACGCCUAAAAAUGCCAAAUAAACUGGCUUCCGGGGCUACUACUGUUAUAGAAGGAAGUGAGAUGUUCCUAGAGGCUAUCAACAAACUACCUCCGGCAAACCCGGAUUUAAGAGAGCUUCUUGGAGGCAUGAUUCGGUCUAUAGGGCCCCUUUGGAAGGAAGCACUAAUUCUCUGCAUGACUAGGGAAAGCUUUGGCGUAGAUCCACGGGAAUUAGCGGGAAAAUACAAUAACACCAGGGAUGUGGUGUAUUCCUUGGAUAUACAUGAGUCAUAUAACCUCAAAGCACCCAUUACAGGGAAAGAGCUCAUGGAAGUACUGCCUACAUUGUCACGUGGGCCGAAGUUUAAGGAAGUCCUGGAUUUCCAAAUCAAACACAUACUAAGACGACCCGAUAUGAGUAAUGAUGAGAUUUUAAAUCUCAUUGUUAAACAUUUUAAAAAUUAAUAGC